AUGGCGCCACACUACAAUUUGAACUGUCACGCUGUGAUUUACGGAACAGAGGGUAGGGGAUGGAUCGAGGUGGUGGGAGAAAAUGGAAGAAAGGUGUACGAGGGAGAGGUGAGGGAGGGGCAGAUACUGAUCGUGCCGCAGCAGUUUGUGGUGGCGAAGAAGGCUGCAGAAGGCAGCGAUGAAGGGUUUGGUUGGAUAGCGGUAAAGACGAGUGAUAACCCAAUGAUAAGUCCUCUUGCCGGAAAGCUGUCACUGAUCCGGGCAAUGCCUCUCCCUGUGCUCAUGAACUCCUUUCGCUUGACCGCAGAAGAAGCUAUCAACUUGAAGAAGAGAGGGGAGCUAACUCUCUUUAGCCCUCACCCUGCCCACACUCAAAUAUAA